CCAAGUAUUCUUUGCGCCCAGAGUCAACAGCCUCAUUGCAUCCAGCACAACAUGGUCAAAAUCGACAAGUUCGCAGUCGAGUCGUGGAUGGACGCAUAUGAGACAAAGUGCAAGUACAACAUUGCCGAGACAUGCUGUGCGUCAAUCUCCGUCGACCAGCUACGCGACCUGUCAGAAGAUAAGGACAGGCAAGUCUUCGAUACUUCGCGCGUCCUCAACUAUGGCGCAAUCAGAGGAAGCGACGACCUGCGGAACAACCUUGCCCGACUCUACUCCGUAAAAGUUACGACACCACUCCCAGCCGAAAACAUCCUCACCACCGCCGGUGCGAUCCAGGCAAACUACCUGACUGCAUACACGCUUGUAGGAGCUGGCGACCAUGUCAUCUGUCACUACCCCACCUACCAAUCUCUCUACGAUGUGCCCAAGCAGCUAGGUGCCCAAGUCGACCUAUGGAAGGCCAAGCCAGAAAACAAUUGGAUACCAUCAAUCGAAGACCUGAAAGCCCUCAUCAAGCCAAACACCAAGCUCAUCAUCAUCAACAACCCCAACAACCCCACCGGCGCAGUCCUCGGCAAGUCCUUUCUUAGAGAUGUGAUCGCCAUUGCCUCGGAAAAAAACAUCACCAUCAUGGGCGACGAAGUCUACCGUCCCCUCUUCCACUCCAUCGGCCCAUUGGACAAAGAGUUCCCGCCCUCCCUCCUUUCCAUGGGCUACGACAACGUCGUCGUCACAGGCUCCAUGUCCAAAGCCUACUCUCUCGCCGGCAUCCGCAUCGGAUGGAUCGCAUCACGUAGCUCAGAUCUGAUUGAGAAGAUUGCAGACGCACGCCACUAUACCACAAUCUCCGUGUCCUACUUUGAUGAGCAAGUUGCAGCCUACGCUUUGCAUUCAUCGACUAUACACGCUCUGCUUGCGCGCAACAUCCAGCUUGCCAAGACAAAUCUGGCGCUGCUCGAGAAGUUUGUGAUCAAGAAUGAGGAUGAGUGUGAGUGGGUUAAACCCGUGGCUGGUACGACGGCGUUUAUCAAGUUUCAUCGUGAAGGUAAGCCGGUGGACUCUGUGGAUUUUUGCAAGAAACUACUUGAGGCUACGGGUGUCAUGUUUGUGCCUGGUAGCACAUGCUUUGGUGAGGAGUUCAAGGGGUAUGUGAGGAUUGGGUUUGUCAAUCAGACGGAUGUGGUCAAGGAAGGGUUGGAUGCUGCCUCCAAGUUUAUACGCAAAAACUUUGAUGAGGUCGAGUUGGCUGCGUAA